CCAUGUAUUCCUAUGUCUCACCAAUUCUUCAUUUGUCUAACCAGCUGCAUGCCUUCUUCGUGCUCGAAUAUGCCAGCGGGGGAACACUGUACAAAGUGAUUGAAGAUCAAGGAAGUCUACCAAUGAAGAACAUCCAGUUCUACACUGCAGAGAUGGUGAUAGCCCUACAGUACCUUCACUCCAAUGGCAUCAUCCAUCGAGAUCUGAAGCCAGAAAAUAUCUUGGUGGAUAACAACGGGCACAUCAAAAUCUGUGACUUCGGCCUCGCUGUUGAGGGAGUGUUCGGUGGAAAGAAGAUCAGCGGAUUGACAGGAACACCUGGAUACCGUUGCACCGGAGGUCAGAAAUCUUUUCUAAUGUUUUGUCAUUGGAGAAGUACAAUGCUGGAGUGGACUGGUGGUCAUUCGGUGUCAUCAUGUACGAAAUGGCCACUGGCAGACAGCCAUUUGCCCAUCACUGGUUUCUGCACAGGAGCUGUUUGA